GGACCGGAUCGGACCGGCCGGUGGGGGGGGGGGGGGGCCGGCUGAGGAGACACCCAGGGCCGCCGGCCUACCGACAGCCGCAGCGACGUCGUCGUCGUCGUCGUAGUCAGCGCAUCUGAUCCACCUUCCCUCCAGGCUUUCAUUUGGUUUAUUCAAAACUCCAGCGGAGCCGCUUUUUGAAGAAUCUCACCCAGUCCAGACCCAACCAGAGCCUCUGAAAUAGUCCCUCUAUGGGGUUCAAGCUGAGUAGUUGUCGGGAAGCUGAUUCUCAUAGGAAGCCCCUUCGCAAUCCAGGCAAGGAGUGAACGGUGGCGGUGGGGGACAACCCAGCCAAGCUCUGCCCAUGCGAAGAGGAUGCUUUGUUUGCCUGACGUGCGGCGUUUGGAUCUGUAAUGGAAAUCCGGCGAACCGGGUACCGAAACUUAUCUGGUUUCCUUAAAUUGGUUUCCGCGCGGUCAAGAGCGUGUUCUCCUUUCCCCAGGAUGGCCGGCUGCGGGGAAAUCGAUCGUUCGAUGAACACGCUUCCCGCGGACAGGAAGGGGAACGAGUCCUGUUCCGCCGCCGCCACCCCCUCCCUCCCGGUCCCCGAAUGUGCCAUCUGCCUGCAGACGUGCGUCCACCCGGUCAGCCUGCCCUGUAAGCACGUGUUCUGCUAUCUGUGCGUGAAGGGCGCCUCGUGGCUGGGGAAGCGGUGCGCGCUGUGUCGCCAGGAGAUCCCGGAGGACUUCCUGGACAAGCCCACCUUGCUGUCCCCCGAAGAGCUCAAGGCGGCCGGCCGAGGCCACGGCGAACACGCCUGGUAUUACGAAGGGAGGAACGGCUGGUGGCAGUACGACGAGCGCACCAGCAGGGAGCUGGAAGACGCCUUCUCCAAGGGGAAGAAGAGCACGGAGAUGUUGAUCGCCGGCUUCCUGUACGUGGCCGACCUGGAGAACAUGGUGCAGUACCGCAGGAACGAGCACGGCCGCCGCCGGAAGAUCAAGCGGGACAUAAUGGACAUACCAAAGAAAGGGGUGGCGGGGCUGCGGCUGGACUGCGAGUCGAACAGCGUCAGCCUGGCCCGGGAGAGCUCCGCCGACGGAGCGGACAGUACCCCGGCCCAAGGCGGGGCGCCUCCGCCGCCCCUUGCUGCCUCCCCCGCUCCCUUCCGACCUCCGCCGGCCCUCGCCGGCCCGCCCACCAGCCCCGCCACCCCCUCGCCCGACGCGGGCACCGGCCUGGAGGACUCCCUCGCCCACUUGCAGCUCAGCGGGGACGGCCUGGCCGGGCGGGGUCAACGGGGGGAGGGCGAGGAAGACCACGAGGCGCCGCUUCCCGCCAGGCCCCCGGCCGCGGCCGCCGAAGAAACCGAGUCGGACGGCGACGGCGGGGCGGCCGCCCCGGCGCAGCACCGCUCCUCCGGCCGGCAGAGACUUCUCAUUCCCACUGGGAACCAGGCGGCGGAACGACCCACCUCCGGGGGCGGAUCCAGGAGGCCCGACGGACAGUGCACGGUGACGGAAGUGUGAGAAGGCGAGAGCGCGCUCCCCCGCCGCCACCUCGAAGGCUAUCUGUAAAUUCCUCUCCACACUGACAUUACGCUCAUCCCUAGCCGCGUGUUUCGGGGGUGGGAGGGCGGGAAGGGAAGCGGGGAGAGCUGAGCUGGCCUGCAACUAAAUCGUCUAACACGUCUCUGUUGGGAAAUUUAUUUAAGCGUGAGGAGCCCGGGUGUUAACAGUCGAAAGCUGCUUGGCGAUACCCAGUUUUCUUGAAAAUAUCUCUUCCUCAGUUUGUAGCGCUGGUUUUGGGUUUUGGUUUUUUUUUUUGGAGAUCCUCAAUCUUUCCGGCCAACGUGUAGUCCCUGUGCGUCUUUUGACUGUCUUCAUUUUCCGACUGUUGCCCCGUCCCCGUUUCUCUGCAUGGAUCGACGUAGGAAAAGAACAUUAAAAUUGGGAGCUUUGAAGGUGUCGGGCACCAGGAUGGGCAGGGUGUUUCAGUUACCGUGAGAGAGUAGUCGUGAGUUUGGAGUUUGGAGAUGUUCUGAAGUAGAUGAGACAGCUCGAUUUUGUUUUCAAGUUCCCGAGAUGGAAGCGUGUACAAAAGAAAAGCUUACCGUAUCUUAUGUUGCGAAAUUCUUGCCUGUAACACUCUUCAUGGCGUUCCCACCGGCUUUGCCGUCUAGUCCUUGUAGUCUGUUUGAGGUUUCUCUUGAUUUGUCUUUUUUUUUUGUUACAGAAUUUAUAAUUUAAUAAAUACUACAUUUUACCAAAAACA